GUUUGAGUGGCGACCAAGUUUCCGUUUCCGUGUCCGGAAUCGUUUGACUGUGGGAGAACAUAAGCACGGGAUAGUUGGCUCCUGGCCUUAAGAGUUGAGAUUGAGAGAGAUGGCGGGGUCGGAGCAGCAGCAGAGGGCGCUUAUGCUGUUUGACACGAGGAUGAAGAAGGCGGAGAUGUUCCGGCCGCUUAUUGAGGGCAAAGUGAGCAUGUACGUCUGCGGCGUGACGCCCUACGACUUCAGCCACGCCCGCGCCUACGUCGCCUUUGACGUCCUCUACAGGUACCUGAAGUACUUGGGGUAUGAGGUUGAGUACGUGCGCAACUUCACUGAUAUCGACGACAAGAUUAUUAGACGAGCAAAUGAAGCUGGUGAAACGGCAACUAGUUUGAGUAGUCGGUUCAUCGAUGAGUUCCUGCGUGACAUGGUUGAACUUCAGUGCUUGCCUCCUACUCGCGAGCCACGUGUGACGGAGCACACUAAAGAGAUAAUAGAUUUGAUAACCAAGAUAGAGGAAAAAGGGAAAGCCUAUACUAUUGAAGGAGACGGCGUAUACUUCUCCGUCGAUAAUUUCCCUGAAUAUCUUAGUCUGUCUGGAAGGAGCUUAGACCAUAAUCUUCCAGGGUCACGAGUUGCUGUUGAUACAAGAAAGCGCAAUCCUGCAGAUUUUGCAUUAUGGAAGUCUGCUAAGGAGGGUGAGCCAUUCUGGGAAAGCCCUUGGGGCCGUGGAAGACCAGGAUGGCAUAUUGAGUGCAGUGCAAUGAGCGGGCAUUAUUUAGGCCAUGCGUUUGAUAUUCAUGGCGGAGGAAAAGACUUGAUCUUUCCACAUCAUGAGAACGAGCUCGCGCAAAGCAGAGCAGCUUAUCCUGAGAGCGAGGUCAAAUGCUGGAUGCAUAAUGGCUUUGUCAACAACAAUGGCCAGAAGAUGGCAAAAGCAGACAAAAACUUCUUCACUAUCAGAGAUAUUAUCGCUCUGUACCAUCCCAUGGCUCUAAGGCUAUUCCUGAUGCGAACACACUACAGGUCCGAUGUCAACCACUCUGAUGCAGGCCUUGAGUUUGCAUCUGGCCGUGUGUACUACAUUUAUCAGACUCUACAAGACUCUGAAGAGGUUAUAUCCUUGUACCGUGAUGAUGAGUUGGACGUCCCAGUACCAGCAGGCGAUCGGAAGGUGGUUGACGACAACCACGAGAGUUUCCUGAGACACAUGUCGAACGAUCUUCACACAACAGGCGCCCUUGAUGAGCUCAUGAAGCCAGUGAGAGCAAUGAACAACAACUUGAGUGAUCUGAAGAAAUUGCAGCAGAAACUGGAGCAGCAGCAGAAGAAAGAGCCAGAGAAGCAGCAGCAGCAGCAGAAAAAGAAACAGCCCGAGGAGAAACAGCAGGAACAUUAUGUACAAGCUCUGGUUGCCUUGCACGGCGAAGUCACGAACAAACUGUCUAUUCUUGGCUUGAUGCCGUCAUCGCCCUUGGCUGAGGUGGUGAAGCAGCUGAAGGAGAAGGCGCUGAAGCGAGCAGGGAUGAGUGAAGAGGAGCUGCAGCAGGCGAUUGAGCAGAGAAGCGCUGCGAGGAAGAAGAAGGACUUUGCGGAGUCGGACCGGAUCAGGACGGAGCUCUCUGCCCGCGGCAUCGCCUUGAUGAUGGAUGAGCCUGCCGGGACGCUGUGGAAGCCAUCUGAACCAGCAGAACUAGUUGAAGAACCGUAGGGCACGCAGCAGAGUGAGAGAGAAACCUCUAUUCACGUCGGUAGAAUGAAGGACUCUGCAUGCCAUGUGGUGUGUUUACAAAUACUGUUGUAGAAUGAGAGAGUACACCCAUAGAUGUUCUCAGCUGUUGACAAGAAGAGGAAGUCGAGUUAUUUGCAUUGCGCAUCUA